CUCAUGUUGCCUCUCACCCUUUAGUUUUCUUUAUCCACAUGAUUGCCCAUUCCCAGCCUCAUUUUAGUUACCCAGGCCCCAGCUCCUACAUAGCAAAAAAGCUAUUCUAUCUCCCCCACUCUGCUACCGAUCUCCCGACUGUAAAAGAUACCAUUGAUCAUGUGAAACUCAUCUCCUACUCUGCUCCAUUUCACAGACUUAUGUCCUUAAUUUGUUGUGUCAAAACUCAGUUGAAACUUCUCAUCUGUUUUCUUGAGGUUAUAUAUAUAUAUAUAUAUUGGGUACGUGGGAGAGGAUUGCCCUGAGAGAAGCAGUCAUGUCUGGGUCGUUUAGAAUGUGCAGGAUGCUGUGUUGCUGUUCAAGCAAGGUAUCUAGGGAAGACAUGUCUACGGAGUCGUACGAGGAGGCCAUUGCAGGACUCACGAAGCUUCUCAGUGCGAAAGCUGACCUUGGAGACAUCGCCGCCGCAAAGAUCAAGCAGAUAACGGCGGAGUUGGAGACGGCCGGUUCGAAUCAGUUUGAUCCGGUCGAGAGGAUCAAAACCGGCUUCGUCCACUUUAAGAAAGAAAAACUUGAGAAGAAUCCUGCGUUGUACGGUGAACUUGCCAAAGGCCAGAGUCCCAAGUUUUUGGUAUUUGCAUGCUCAGACUCUCGCGUUUGUCCCUCGCACGUCCUGAAUUUCCAACCGGGAGAGGCCUUUGUGGUUCGCAACAUAGCUAACAUGGUCCCGCCCUUUGACAAGAAUAAAUACUCAGGCGCAGGGGCAGCCAUUGAAUAUGCAGUGUUGCAUCUGAAGGUGGAAAUUAUUGUGGUCAUGGGACACAGUUGCUGUGGUGGUAUAAAGGGGCUCAUGUCUAUACCGGACGAUGGGACCACUGCGAGUGAAUUUAUCGAGCAUUGGGUCAAAAUCUGCUCCCCCGCAAAGACCAAGGUUAAGACAGAAUACAGUGAGUUAAGUUUCCAUGAGCAGUGCACCAAUUGUGAGAAGGAAGCUGUGAAUGUAUCACUGGGAAACUUAUUGACAUAUCCGUUUGUGAGAGAAGGUGUGGUGAAUAAAACACUGGCUCUCAAGGGUGCACACUACGACUUUGUCAAAGGAGCUUUUCAACUCUGGGAUCUUCACUUCAAAAUUAUACCCACCCUGCAUGCAUGAUCGAUCAUCUGGUCAUGUCUUGUUUAUCUUCAUCUCCUUUUUUAGCCCUAAAGAGCAUUCCAUACAGAUAAAUGCUGUACGUAUUAUUGAUCAUCCUAUAUUUAGUCAUCCUCAAUCACAUUUUGAUUACCAUGCAUCGUAUUUUAAGUGGUUGAUAUUUAAAUGGUUGAUAUAUGAAAUCACUUAAAAUAUUAUGGCACGUAAAUAAAUGUGAUUAAGGAUGAUGAGAUUUAGAAUGAAAAGUAGCCUUGCUCUUCUGUAUAAUGUUAAUUAGAACUGCAAAUUAACACAUUAAGUGAAGUGUUAAGUUUACAUAAAAUGUAAUACAUUUGAGGGCAAGUCAAUAAUCACUUGGAAAACACCUAUAAACAUUAGUAAAGGAGUGCAAUGAUUGUUCUUUCGUCAA